CUUUUGGCUGCAUUUGACGAAGCACGGAGAAAGAUGUUUUGAAAAAUUUCUGUUUCAAAGUCCUUUCUAUUUCCGAACACCCACGUACACGGGUAUUUCAUGUGCUUUCCCUUGCCAAAGGAGUCACCGGAUCGAAAUAUAAUGAUCUUUAUUUAGAGAGAUCGGUUCAGUGUGUGACUUGUUAUUUUUAAGAUUGCUCAAUAUGGGCCGGACGUUCUCCAAUGAAUGAUGCAAAAAAGGUGGGUAAGGCGUAUAAAGCUUAAUUUCACUUGAUUUAAUUUUGUUGACCUUCUUCUUCAGCAUCUUUUCCUUAAAUGUUAUUUGCUUAGAUAGGUCUUAAGCCAGAUGUUUUGUUAAAAUCUCUAAAAAAGACAGAAGACCUAGCCAUGGGAGACUACAGAAGUACAUGUACUUUUGCAUUGUCACUGACAUGACAGAGCUUAAUCUUGAUCUUGAGGGCAAGCCGAUCAAAGAGCAAUAAUAUAUAACUUAAACUUAUUUCUGCUCAUACCUAACUAUGUUGAUAUUGUGACUGUAUAACAAUGAAAGAGCUAAUAUCAAUAUUGUAUUUACACAAAUAAGCUCAAGUUUACAGAGCCUUUACAACAAAGGUAAAUAAUUUGACACUCAACACUGUCAAUGUGUCUCUCCUGCGAAAUGUCCUUAGCAGCGAGGAAUGACAGCUGAAAUUUUGUGUGACGCACAAAAAAAACAUAAAUCUCAUCAGGAACAUCACCAAGUUAAAAAGACCUGCUUUUACUCUUAGUCCACAUUAUGGAGUGAUGAUCUGUCACUCUAACUCUUAAAUCUGUGGACGAAAUCCUGUGGUGUUACCAUUCAAAUAAAACGUCUCUGGCAGAUCUUUUUUAUAGUGCUUUUUAUUUCUUAGCAUUUUACAAAAAGAAAUUUAAUUUUUUUCUGUGAUAUUCUAUUUGGCCACCAUUAGGGUAGCCUCCCCGCAGACGUCCUUUGGGGUUCGUUUGUCACGCAUUCAUUUCUCCCCCACGGACGUCUGCUAAACAGAGCCGACUUUUACGUUCUGGAUUGUUUGAAUAAGCCAAUAAGCGGUUAGCUAUUGUAUCACGAUCAGCCAAUCACGCGCCGUGAUAUAAGUGAUGUCUCUGGUAUUCUCAAGUGAAUUAUUUAUUUGCACGGCUAUCUUCUACAUGAGACGACUCAAACGUUUUGAAGAAAUCACAGAAACGAUGCAAUAAAGCUGCAGUCAGCUGUAUAUUUUUUUCGGAAGUUGUGACUAUAAAAUAAUCUGCUUUUCUUUGAAAGACUUCAGACAACAGUCUCCCACACGAGCGCGGAGCGGUUUUCAGCGCGGUCGAAAACAAUAAUUACUAUUAACUCUGUAUAUAUUCGAAGUAUUAAGAAAAGAGAACUUGUAAACGUGAAUAGGGAAGAUAUUCAAAACAUUCUUCGAAAACAAAGGCCGUUUUCUUUUUUGCGAAAUGUAAUUCCACCAAGGUCAUGGGUCAUGAACCAAGGACCAGUACGCAUAAAAUUUGGUUAUAUUUUUUCAAGGGUCGGUAAAACAAAAAAUUCUAAGUCUACAGCAAUGUGCUUCCAACGGCAGAAAAACGUUUAUCUGAAAACUUGUUCUGCAAAAAGGCACGUCCUCCCAUUGCGUUUUAUUUAUUCACAAGCUAAGUAAACAUGACCACGGUGCCGCCGAGUCCAAACUUCAAGCUAGAACGACAAAUUAACCUACCUGUCAACAAACUUUAAUCUCGCUCCUUCAAAGAAAGAAAGAAUGCUUAUAAUCAAUAAAUCAUUGAACCUUUCAUUGUUCAUUGUAUUUUAUUUCUAAUUUAAAUAUUUAAUCAUGCUCGGGAAAGUCACUGACCAAGGACCACAUACUAACUGUACAAGUCACUCGCUAACAUUUCCUCCACCGAUCGAUCUUCAACCAAGCUUCUGGGCUUCCGUAAACAACAGAGAAAGUCCCUCUAUCGACAACCCUCAUAUUCUCUUUGCUAAUAUCACUGAGCGUUACAGCAGGAAUACCAAUAUUUUCCAGCUUUGUAGAUUGGUCUUUCAAGAUUUACCAGGGGAGAAACAACAUCAACAGUAAUGUCCAGUAGUUCCACGCAAUAUGUCGCAAACAAGCAGCAAAGCUUGAGAGAUAAGGGAUUUGCCAAAUCCCGUCGGCAAAUUUAUGAACUCAUCGGUCUUCGCUAUAAAAUUUGCAGGAUAGCUUCUCUCUGAUACUUGUUUAACUCUGUAUUAAUUACAAAUUUCUCGCACACUCGAUCAAAAGCCUCACUGAUCAUGUGAAUCUUAAGAAGCGGCUCGGGUUACGUUUUACAAAAAUCUGUAAACGGCCUGUGAUUGGUGAACGUAAAAGUCGGCUCUGUUUAGCAGACGUCCGUGGGGGAGAAAUGAAUGCGUGACAAACGAACCCCAAAGGACGUCUGCGGGGAGGCUACCAUUAGGGGUGAAAGAGUAAUUCAACAAAAUAAUGGCAAACGGUGUAAAACGUGCAAUUUGGUAUAGGCCUUAUCUCAGUUUGGAAGCCAUCUUGACAGGUAGACAACUGCAUGCGAAAUUACAGUGUUUGUAUGGGAAUCUAAUGUUGAAUCAUUUUUCGGAAGAUGGCUGUUCUGAAAAAAAAACUGGGAAUUGUAAUCUUAAGCUUCACAGCAAAGGAUUGUAGAGCUGUAGAAACAAAGUUUUGGGGCCGUACCUGUGCUUAAUUUCUCUGGUCAUUUGCUUUAGAUUUUCGAUACACUAGUCUGCAAUUUUUCACGGGAAAUUUUAGUCGACAGGAAGAAAACUUUAAAUGCAGAAAUGUACAGAAAAGGGGUUUUAGUACACGUAAGGCCCUCAAAUUUUGUCAAUAGAAUCCCUUUAUGUGUAGCUUCGGUUUACAAUUCAUAUUUUCCUUUUCAACACAGCCAUUUUACAAAAAUUAUUGGAUGUUAGAUUCUCAUACAAACACCGUAUUUCACACAGUUGUCUACCAAACACCGUAUUUCACACAGUUGUCUGCCCUUAAAGAUGGCUUCCAAAACCGUGAUGAGGUAUUAAUUUUUCAGAUUUACAGUGUUUUCAUGGGUUUGCUUUAUGUUUUAGGCUUUUCUAUAAUGGAUUUGGAGAUGAGCCUGGCUGUUUGGAUUGACUAACAAAUUCAUCAACAAUGGAAAAUCACUUUGAAUUUGAAGUGAUAAACAUAGCUCCCAAAAAGAUACCUGUUACAGAGGAAAAUGGAGUUGUGACCGUGGAUCUGACAAUGUAUGAUCCUCUAACUCCAAAUGACUUUCCUGCAUUUUCAAGCGUCUCUGGACUUCAGGAUCUAAGAAUGUUUUCAAACUACCUCAAGGAGAUUCCUGAUGCUGAUGAAUUUUGUUCCGUGGAACAGCUGAAGAUGCUUUUUAUGAGUUGUAGUCCCAUUAAACCAGAUAAUGGGCUUUUGCGACUACCAAGUCAGUUCAGCAGGUUUUGGAAUUUAGAAGAAUUGCAUCUGGAUGGAAAUCAUUUUGAGGCAUUCCCUAUGCCCAUAUGCCAACUUAGUAAUGUAAGGAAACUUUACAUGGAUAACUGCACCUUGGAAAAGAUUCCACAAGAAAUUAGGAAUAUGUCAAGUCUCGAAGUUGUUGAUUUUAGCUUCAACAGCCUUGGUGCAUCUGAUAGUCUACCUAACGAGAUUUUUGAUUUGCCAAACUUGAAGGACUUAUAUAUGAUAGACUGCCAGUUGAAUGCAUUGCCGGCCGAAAUAGGAAAUUUGAAAAGCUUGGAAGGUUUACGAAUAGGAAAGAACAAUUUAUCAAGCCUCCCAGAUGAGUUGUAUGAUCUGACAAAUUUACGAAAGCUUAAUGCAGAAAGGAACAAUAUUUCCGAGUUAUCACCUAGGAUUGGACAGCUCUGCUCUCUAACACUGUUGUUGAUGAUGGAAAACAAGCUGACCACUUUGCCAGACGAGAUCAAACAUUUAGAAAAUUGCAGACACAUCAAUCUGUUUGAUAACAAACUCACUUGUCUUCCACGCUCAAUAAUUGAUAUGCCUGCACUGGAAUCAUUGAUUGUUGAGGGAAACAACAACCUUCGUUCUCCACCACUUGAUGUUUGCAGUCGUGGUCUGGACAGCAUCAAAGGGUAUUUUGAAUCACUAGCAACCAUAGACACUCAGGCAGUGCAUUCUCAGCGUCUCAAAGUAGUCUUGUUGGGUGAGGCUGGUGCUGGCAAGUCCAGUCUUGCUUAUGCUCUAGUGGAAUCCAAAGAACUUGCUUACCCAGAUGAUCAAGCAUGCAGUACAGUGGGUGUUGAUUUUUAUACUUGGCGACCAGUUCUUGAAGGAGUGGAGUUUCAUAUUGUGGAUUGUGCCGGACAACGACGAUAUCAAUUGACUCAUCCAUUUUUCCUCUCUUCAGGUAUUUAAAAGGCCUGGUUUCCAUAUGAUUGGGGAACCCAAUGACUUUUUUCCUGUAAAAGAACUGUUCAAAGAAGCACAUAUUGCCUAGAAAUUUCUAAAACUCGAGAAAGGCUAAAAAUGUCAGGAAAACCAUUCUAUUCGUCUAAGUUAUUUGGAGUUUUCCUACUAAAACUUAACUACGAUUUUUGGAGGUUGUGUUUUUCAUAUUUCAUGACCAAUAUAUUGCUAUUAUUGCUAAAAAUUGGCCUCCUGAAAAUUUUGGUAUAAGACAAGCAUCCCCUAGAAUUUUUUAAUGAAAGUACUGCUUCUCCAUUUCCUCAAACUUUCACUGGGACCUAUCAGGGUACAUUGUAGCUAACAGUUUCAGAUCAGAUGAAAGAACCACCUCAAACUUUUGAGAUGACCAAAGUUCCUCCAAGACUUCCGAAUAGAUAAAUAGUUUUUAGGGCAGCUCCAAAUUAACCAAACAGGCUCCUAAAGCAUUGAGAAAACCUUUUGAGACAAUUCUAAGGUAUUUGGAAACGUUCAGUUGUCAGGUGCCCCUGAUUUGACCGAAAAGUGAAUGUCUCCACAAGUGUCCACACAGAUAAAAGUUUGCCAAAAUUAUCAUCAAAACACACCCACCACAAAAAUUAUCUUCUCAAGUAGAACACAAUAAAAAUUAAGACAGUCAAACUUCCAUGUGCAACCUGAUGGAAAUUCUCCAGACUGAUUUGCAUACAUUUCCUCAAAGAACUAAUUAAAAGAAUUUGGUAAAAGAUCAAAGAAUUUUCCCUUCGGUGAUCAUGUCUUUAAUUCUCAAAAGCUUUUCUCUUGAUUAUGUAUUGCUAUCAUUAGGAGAAAUUUGUUGAACUUCAGGUUUAAAUACUAAUGCCCUUGUAUAUUUUCUGUAAUCUUUUAGAGGCUUUGCACAUCUUAGUUGUGGACUUAUUCAACUAUGAACCAAGUGAAAGCUGUUUCCGCAAAACUGUUGGUGACUGGCUUGAUCUGGUAACAUCUCUUAUAUUGAAACCACGAGUCAUGAUCGUGCCUACUCACCUAGACAGAUUUGAACCCAAUGAUGCCAGCAGUGUAACAAACAAGUGCACUGAUAUCCUGAAUCGUGUUGAGCACUACUGCAAAAGUCAGAAAGCUUUGAUUGAUCUUGAAAUUACUGAAAAGAAGAAGAAACGGUUGAAAAAUCCUGUCCAGGGAGGUACUGACCCGGAAUGGAAGAAAAAGAACCCGCCAAUCAUUUCCUCUGUUCUUCAUUCUAGUGACAAUGUAAGCUAUCACACUGUGGUCAUAAUGUUAAAGAGAACCUCCACUCUUACUACAGAAUAAGUUUAAAUUGAUUAAAAUUAUGUUGAUAAACAAAUUUGUUCGAAAUUUGUCCUUAAAAAAAGUGUUUAUAUCAGGAAAAGUGAAUUUUAAAAUCGCUUAUUUUCACUUUCAAAUUUCGCGGGCGCUGCCAUCUUGAAUAAUUGUGACGUGUUACGGUUGCUCUAUUGUUCUGACACAAAGAGCUUUUGUUUAAUAACAAUAGGGCAACCGUAACACUUCACAAUUAUUCAAGAUGGCGACGCCCGCAAAAUUUGAAAACAAAAAUAGGCGAAUCUAAAAGUUAUUUCUUUCGGAUACAAAUGCUUUCUUUAAAAAUAUUUUAGAUUGACUUGACUGUAACAGUUAUUACCUGUGAUUUAAAGUUAUCUUUUUGUUGAAGUGGAGGUUCCCUUUAACAUGUUAACUCCCAUUAGUCUGUGUCACGGGUGUAAUUCAACCCUUGUUAGUAAUAGUGAACUUACACAACAGGAUGGGAGAGGAAAGAAGAUGGCAAACCUUGUGUAACAAGCGUGGCAAUAAUUUUGUUUGAAAUAACCUUUCACCAAACUUCACUCUCCUUUAAACAGAUCUUUUUGUAAAGACCAGAAAACAUUAAUGUAAGGUGAAGAUCACAACAAAACACGCACAUAAUAGGCCUGUCGCAUUUGUCAUGCACAAGCAUUUUGCCAUCCUCUUCUUCCUGUUGUCCUGUUGCAUGAACUCACUAAUGUCCACAUGGCAACGCCAAGAUCGAUAUCCCUGUUCUGGACCCUCAACAGGCUCAACAAAUUAGCAGAAGUGCAUUUUGAAUUCCCUCUCAACCAGGCAAAUCAACAAUGGCUUUUCUAACAGGCCAGUCAUGCUGUAUACUCAAACUGUGGUACACAGCUAGGACUCCAGAACAAGGAUUUUGCUGCCGUUUCGCAGACGGACUUAACGAGAGUUUAGUUUCGUCUGUGACGUAGGAUUACUCCCUUAAGCUUUACUCAAGGUGGUAAAUACAUGUGAAAGGUACUUCAGUGGGCUAUUUCCCUAGAGGGUCCCGUUUCUCAAAAUUCCAGGUAACCUUACAGGCGCAAGAGCAAAUGUUCAAAUCAAAAUCUAAAGAAAAAGAGCUCUUAACAAACCAGUCCAUUUUGUUUUGUUAACUGGUUGUUUAGUCAUGUUGUAUGCAAAACCAUUGAAACCUCUAUCUUGAAGGUAAACAACAACAGCUUUUUAGCUCUGUAAGUAAUUAGGACUUUCAAGAAACCGGCCCCAGGAUUAUAGUAGUGUGAGCUUAUGGAAUUUGCAUGUAGCAUAUUUUUUCUCUUCGCUCUGCAUUUCGCCUUUCCUUUUGGGUGGUGAUUCUUGUGAUUGUGCUCUGGAAAAUAAGGAACCAUGCAUAUUCUAAUACUACAUAGAGGGUUUCAUGGAUACAAUUUUAUUCACAGAUUGGAAAGUCAAAAUACUGUUUUUAUUUGCCCAUUAACAUGUCUUUCACUUUCAAGGGCAGGGGGGGUACUCGUCAAAAUUUUCCAAGGGUAGGCUCUGCCCCGAGGUCCAACCCCUUACCCUCUUAUAUACAAUUUUGGCCAAAAAGGUACCCCUUUCGUAUACCUUCUAUUAAGUUAAGAAAUGGUACCCCUUCCAAUGGCUGUAAACGCAUUGUCUUUUAAAAUGAAUAAAUCAAAAAAACAAAAACAAAAAACCUUUUCCUCAACUCUAGUUCACAGCCAUAAAAUGUAUCUGUUAGCCCUUUUGGGCCUUUUUACAGAUCCAAAUGACAGAUUUCCCUUGCCUUUGAUAUGCUUCAACUAGUGAAAUCACUACCCUUUCAAAUACCUAAAGCCUGGAAAAGGUACCCCUUUUGGGCGGAGUCUCACUGUAUAGGCCAUUGUAAGGAGUACAUCCCCCCCGUUCCCCCCGGGCUUUCCCUCAAGUUGUCCAAAUUAUGGCCGCUGUCACCUUGGCAUUUACAGUAGAACAAUGACUUGCUUUUUUGAUAUCUAUUUAAAUGUUCUCAAAAGAUAGCCAAGAAAAGUCUUAAUGAUGCUGACAGUUUCGAUUUUCAAGUUUUGAAAGUCAUCAAAACAGUCAGCAUCAGUAAGACUUUUCUUGGCUAUGUUUUGAGAACAUUUAAAUAGAUAUUAAGUUUACCAGCCUGAUAAAUUUCGUUAACAAUUUGCUUUUUUGAUGCAGGAGAGAGCAUGCCCAGCAUCAGACAAUGAAAGCUUUAUUGCCAUGGUUCCAGUCAGCAACAAGAGUGAUCUCACAGGAGUCAAAGCCUUACAAGACGAGAUCAUCCGUGCAGCAAAUGACCGCCAGCUCUUCCCCUCUGUUGGCAGAGAUCUACCAGAAGACUGGAUCAAGCUUCAGAGGGCACUGAAGACGCACAGAGAAGAGAAACAUGUCCGAUGCAUGUCCUAUGAAGAGUUUGAAGCUUUUGCCAAAGGAUGUACUAAUCUCUCUUCAAGAGGUGUCAGCUCUGCUGUCUCUUACCUAGACUCCAUUGGGGAAUUACGAUAUUACAGCAACAUUCCAUCCAUCUAUAAAGUGUUUACUGAUCUCCGAUGGCUUGCAAAGUUGGUCAAGUGCCUUUUUCGUCAUGAUUUGGAGGCAAAGGUAGAACACAAUGACAACUUUCUGAGAUAUGGAGUCCAUGUUGCAUAUUUUAAUGAACUCAAGGAGAAGCUACUAAAAGAGGCUGUGUUGUCAGAGGAUCUUUUAAGGUAAUUCUUUUUAUCACAACUUAUCCUGAAGGCAAGCAGCUCAGCUGGGGUUAUGAAUGACACUUAAUUUCUGAAACAGUGAAAUUCAAAACCUUUUGUAAUGAUAAAAUUUAUGUUUAGCAAAAUUUAAAGCUUAUUAAAAAUCAGGCUCCUCAAGAUUGAUAAAUUUCUCAACACAAAUUGUCAUCUCUAGCAAUAUUCUUGAACAGGACUGUGCUCUUGCAGUUCCCAUUGCCCCUAGUGCCAAUUUGCAAUCUGGCUGAUUUUUAGCAAGUAAAGAUUUUUCAUCUUGUUCUUUGUGGAUGUGCCAACCAAUCCCAGAAUUUCACUAAUUUGGUUUUGGUGACAUCAUCUCUUCUUUAUACGGCAUCCACCUGAGACAGAUUUCAUCAGACAGUAGUUUUAUUAUUAACUUUGAUUGACAGGUGUCUGUGGGAUGAAAUCAACCUUGACGAUCUUGAUGACAUGUUUCUUCAGAUGAUCGAGCUGCUCCAUCAUCUUGGUCUUGCCUGUCAUAUGCCCCAAGUUGAAGAGAAAGUGAGUCUCUUAGUUCCUUGGUUUUUGACUGAGUAUCCAGAUGCUGUUGACGCUAUUCCAGAAACCAUGCCUGAGGACCAGGUAAACUGUCUUUGUAAAGUUUGUAUGCCUCUGUUUAGCUUCAGGUCUACCAUACCAGCUGACAGCAGAGUUAACCUUUUAAGUCCCAAUAGUGACCAACAUCAAUUUUCUCAUAGUGAUAGACAUAGAUUGUCAAGAGAUUAGGUUUAUGAGAAUUUAACAAAAUGAUCGCCAAAGAGAAAAUGCUUUGAUUUUGUAUCAAAUUCUCUCAACUCAUCCUAUAAGGAAAUAUAUAGAGAUCAGUUUGGAGAAUUUGUAUGUGGAUAUUGGGACUUAAGGGUUAAUGUAAGGGAAAGGGAAAAAAUCGAGAAAGAUCAAGAUCUGAAGUGCGAGAUAAAAGUGCAUUAGCUAUUACAUGUUCAUAAAAUUUUGCUGCGCUUUGAAUUUUCUACAUGAGUUUUAAAUUUUGUGAGCUUAAAUUUAACAAGGAUUUAAAUUCGUGGGUCUUUAAUUUCAUGAAUAUUUUACUGUCGCAAAAAACACAAAAUUAAAGAUCCUCAAAGUUGAAUACCAAUAAGGCAGAUGGGCCUUUAACCGGAGGGGUGGCUAAUAUGAGGGGGAGCUUAUAAGCGACAGGUUACAGUGUGAGAAAAGUGGAGGUGAUACUGGUUGUCAUGGGAGCUUUUAAUUAAGAGCAAUUCCCAAAGGUCUGAAAAAAGAGGCUUCAGAAUAUUUUUAUAAGGUUAAAAGACAAGGCCACAGUUGUUUAAAGUUGGAUGGUGGUAUCCACUGGAAAAAUCACGAUGCUAAAAUUUGUUAAUUUUUUUUAAAAUUCAAAUUACCUUUACCAACAGGAGGAGAUAAACUUGCUUUUCAUGAUGGCCUACUUACCUCCAGGGUUGUUUGAUCGAUUGCGUGUGCGCUGUUGCUCCCUUGAUUCCGAAUACUACAACUGGAAGGAUCAUGUCUUGCUGUUUGUGGAUGAACAUAGAGUUAUUAUUCAGAAGCAUAAAUUCCCUCCUGGUGCUGAGGCUAGUUCGCCAGCCAUUUAUAUCAAAGGCAGAGGACCAAAGUCCUGCUUGGAAUCACUGUGGGAAGUACUCUUAAGGCUUGUUCAGGUAAAUCCAGUACAUUCUCAAAUUCCUUAACACAUUACAGCUGGAUUUCACGAGUGACUGAGUCAGAGUCAGAACCAUAAACCAGAACUGUAAACCAGAACAAUCAGGUUGUUUCAAUUUUCUUCUGUUUCCACUCAUGACUCCAUCGUUUAUGAUCAAACCAAAACCAGAUUGUUGAAGUAGGGCAGAAGUGUAAGGAUAAACCAAUCACUAAAAAAGAGGCUUCAGAAUAUUUUUAUAAGGUUAAAAGACAAGGCACACAGUUGUUUAAAGUUGGAUGGUGGAACCAGAAGAAUCAGAUCGUUUCAAUUUUCUUCUGUUUCCACUUAUGACUCUAUCAUUUAUGAUGAAACGAAAACCAGAUUGUCGGAGUAGGAAGCGGAAGCGGAAGGAUAAACUAAUCACAAUGCCUGUUCCUACGCUUUGUGAUUAGUUUAGUUCUUCCACUUCUGCUUGUGACUUGGACAAUCCAUUUUUCAGUUGAUCAUAAACAAUGAAGUUGUAAACAGAAUCAGAAUACUGUUUUCUCUAGAUCGUUAAUUCCUAUGCUUCUGAUUACAAUUCCGACUCUGUCACUAGCGAAAACCAGCCUUUAGAGUGACUUAAAUUACAUUAGACCAUGUUAUUAAAGGGUUGGUCAUGUGGCUAGGUUCCAUUGGAGUUAAGAGAAAAGGUUAUCAGGAAUUAAUGAAAUGAUCGCAGGAGGAAAUUGCCUUGAUCUUUUGUCAAAUUCUGUCGACUAAUUCUUUAAGGAAUUGCUGGAGAAUUUUUAUGUGGAUAUUGGAGCUUACAGGCAAGCAUACCCCACAAGAUUCCAUUACUGAAUUUAUUGUUUGAAAGAUGUCAUAGAUUUCAGGUUCAUCUCUGCAUUCCUGCAUGUGUAAUGAGCAGUGAAUUCGCAUGCGAGGUAGUUAUGAAAUUUCUAUCAGCUCAGUUUUCGUGAUUUUGAUGUAAUUGUCGUAAAAGCAAUUUCGUCCAUAAUAUCAAAGAUAUUUGAAACUGACCGAAUACAGAAAAGUUAUCGCAAAAAAUUCACCACUCGUUACAUAUGCAAGAAUGCUGAUUUGAAUCUGAUACUGGUUGAGGCAACAACUAACAUAAAUUUAUUCAUGGAAUCUUGGGGGUGGAGGGGAUAUGCUUGACCUGGCUUUACUGUAAAGGGGAAAACAAUGUUUCAAUGUCAUGACAUCCUGUACUUAUUUUUUCCCACCAUACUAGGAGACAGAUGCUCUGCUUAUAGAAUGGCAAAGACUAAGUGUGCAGCGUUGUUCAUUAUGUCCACCUUGUGCAAAGAAAGGAAAGUCAAAGCCAUGUCUUUUCCCUUGCAACUGGAUGAGUUCAGCUUCAACGAAGAAGAAGUUUGGAUCUCACGUAAAGAUAUGCAAAGGGAACAAAUUUCUCAAGGGAGACAAGUUUGAUGCCAGUCUUAUUUACCCUCCUGCUGGUGAGUGACAGUUUGAAAGUUUGCAUUUGAUGAACUCCCUAAUUCACCGAUCAGUCAAGACAUGGUUCGUUACUUUAAAUUAAAAUGACGCCGUAUAAGUCAAAUUCAAGUGAAACCUCUUUGCCAGCACUUUCCCCCAUUACUACUAAGUUUUUCAGCACUUUAAGUAAUAAAAUUUGUAAUUUAUUUUGAAAUUUUGACUUUGUCCAGUGGCAGUGAAAAGGAUAAUAGCAGUUCUUACUUUGAUAAAAGUGAGGCCAGCUCAGUUGUUUCCUUACAAGUUAAAUUGUUCCUGAAACAUAUCUGUCAAUGCCUUCAUGAUGUUGACUAAUAUAUUGCUUUUUCAGAUGUUGUUAAAAAAUUGCUGGAUUCACCGUCACCCACAGAACCAGGUAUUUUAAGUUACAAGUUUUUUAACGUACCUUGCUGUGAACCGUUGCUGUGGCAAUAUACACAUUUUUCAGUCACUCUAACAGAUUGUUUACAUAGAAAAUUGAUCUUAAUGUAUACUUUGUAAUCAGAGGAAGACCACCCUUUAGUUAAAGUAUGUGUGGCCUUUGCUGCUAUUGAAAUGUGAGGAUAGGUUAUAUACACAGUAAUAAAUUAUUUUUAGGAGAAAUACAGAGAAACAUUAUGGCAGUUCCUAGGCUGUUAAUUGCAUGAAGGCAGGCCUGAAAUUGCCUUCAGCACUUGAUUGCCAAGCCGCGUACUUUUAAAUCCUAGCUGUGUACUUAAAACUUAAAGAGAACGUCGUGUGCUUGUACCUUCAGUUGCAGAAGAUGUCCCAGAUUCUCUUAUCGCUGACCUGUCUGAGGACAUGCCCAGAGAGUGGAACAAGGUGGGAGCCUACUUGGGCCUUAAAAAUGACUAUAUUGAAACACUGAAUGAUGAAAACAGGACCAUUUCUAACAAGGUAAUUGCUAUGUUAAACAAAUGGAAGCAGAAGAAAGGAAAGAGUGCAACUAGGAGUUGCCUCAUGAGUGCACUUCAAAAAGCAGAUCGAAAGGACCUGGCAGAGAAGGUCAGGAUGUACAAGGAAUGAUAGUCAUUCCUAACAGUAAUUUAGAAUGAAUAAACGUGUGGGAAAGUGCAACUUGAUAGCUUUAAGCUAAAUGGACACAUUACAUGUACCAACCAAAAUCUACAGAGAUGUCAAUCUCUUACCAGGAAAGUACUGUGUAGUAGCUUUCAUUUAGUGUUUACCCUUGAAGGAUUUUAUCCACAGGCUUAAAAGUUAGAACCACCUUGUACAGCAUAAUAAACAGUGCCACAGGAAAGUACUGCUCAGUAGCUUUCAUUUGAAUGGCCACACUUCAGGAUUUUAUCCACAGGCUUAAAAGUUAGAACCACCUUGUACAGAAUAGUAAACAGUGCCACAGGAAAGUACUGCUCAGUAGCUUUCAUUUGAAUGGUCACACUUUAGGAUUUCAUUCACAGACUCAAAAGUUAGAACCACCUUGUACAGCACAUUAUAACAUAGCUAGAAAAUUCGCCUAAUCAAAUUCAAUAGCGCGAGCGUGCUUCAUAUUCCUAUUGAGCACGCUGAUGACGUCAAUAAACUAUUCGUAAUUCCUCGAGUUGUUGUGAGCUUAGCAAUCCUGAGUCUCUUGAGUGCAUCCAUAACUCAGCAAUAGACAAUGAAGCGUUUACCAUGUGUUUUGUAAAGAAAUUUAAGAGGAAACGUUUGAAUUUGUUAACCGAUAGUAAGGAAAAGAGGUGAGUGUUGUUGUUGUUGUUGUCAUCUCCGCGAGCUGUGCGGGCUAUGGCGUGAGCUCAUUCUUUGCAAAGUUGUUUUCUCUCAAUAACAAUUUUUCGGUAAAUUAAUAGUUUUCCGGCACCUAAAUAUGGAUUUUACAAUCAUUUUAGAGUACACUUUCUCUCAGUUUCAGGAUAAAAACAUAAGAUUAACUGUGAGGAAAAAAGAUAUAUUCACGUACACAGGAAAAAAUAACGGAUUCCCAUUUUUGGAUUUUUUAGGGUAUUUAAAGAAUACCCAUAAAAAUCCCAAAUUUGGCAAACUGAGACAAGUCCCAACCAGGGAAUUCCCAACAAAGUUCUCUGAUUGGGACUUGUCUCACUCUUCCAAAUUUGGGAUUUUUGUGGGUAUUCUUUAAAUACCCUAAAAUAUCCAAAAAUGGGAAUCUGUUAUUUUUUCCUGUGGUAAACAUUGACGCGUACUGCUUUGAGCGCGCCCUUCAAUAAUAAAAUUUUCAGUUAACUGCUGCAUUGAUCGCUUUGAUAAUGUUAUAAAACAAUUAGUUCAUGCUGCAGCUGUGCGUAUGUCGAGAUAUUGAGCACUUGGGAAGUUUGGAGAGCACUCAAGAGGCUAGAGUUGCACUCGGCUGCGCCUCGUGCAACUCUUAUGCCUCUUUCGUGCUCUCCAAACUUCCCGCGUGCUCAAUAUCUCGACAUACCCACGCUGACGCAUGAACUAAUUGUUAAAUAAACGAUAGGAAAGUACUGCUCAGUAGCUUUCAUUUGAAUGGUCACACUUUAGGAUUUCAUUCACAGACUCAAAAGUUAGAACCACCUUGUACAGAAUAAUAAACAGUAAACAGUACGACAGGAAAGUACUGCUCAGUAGCUUUCAUUUGAAUAGUCACACUAUAGGAUUUACCCACCUUCUUAGAAGUUAGAAUCACCUUGUACAGCAUCCUAAACCGGACAUAAUUUUCAUUAUUACUAUAUAUUUUUAAUUCAAACUUUGGAGCACAGUCUCUUCUGUAACGUAGAAAUGAAAGUAUUUUGAACUCACAAAACUUUCAUUUGAACAAGCUGAUUGUAGGUAAUGUAGAUAACUGUGUUCAUCAUUUUAUCCUUUCAACCAUCCAAGUUAAAGUUUUUGCCUGGUCAGCAUUUGGCGACCAUUUCUUUUGGUUAAGGAGGACUUUUUUACAAAUCGAGUCACCUGCUUCAAAAUUCUAGGCACCAUGGCAACUAAAAUGGUCGCAACUCGAAGGGUUGCCUUUGAAGAGCCUUAUCAGUAGAAAACAUAAGAACUUAAUAACUGCGUGUUAUCAAUAUAAUUUUAUUUAUCAGUGUGAAAGAAAAUUACUGUGUUUAGAAAAUUGGGUUUUUAUGGUGAAAUAGUGGUUUUAUAUUAUAAAAUUGUUGAUCAGUGGUUAAACUUUAGUUUUUUCAUUGCUGGUGAACAAGAAUUUAUUGCUUUGUCAAGAAGGAAAAUGAUGUAGAAUGAAUAUAUUAUACAGGGCUCGAAAUUAACUUUUUUGUUCGGGAGCCAGCUGGCGACUAACGGAAAAAUUUUGGUCGCCAGAUCGUAAAUUUUGGUCGCCAACUUAUUUUAUAUAUAACUUACACAAGAACACGAUUUUAUACGUUACUUUGCAUGCAAGAAAAGUCACAACUGAAGAGCGAAAACAAUUAGAAACAACACGAGUAACACUUAGUUAUAAAGCUACCGUUGUUCUCAGGUGAUAUGUCUCUGGUCCGAAGGUGAUGGUUGUCUCCAUAGUCAUUUUAAAUGAAGCGAAGCAUAAAACGUUUUAAGUCCGUGGUUUUCAUUCUGAGACAAACACGGGUCCUUGUGUAUUUGCCCUUUGCUACUUCUACGAAAUGCCGUUCUUUAUUUUCGACUUGCUUUCCUCAACGCCUUUCGCUGCCGACAAACAACGCCAUGCUUGGCCCAGGCCUCUACGCAACCACAUUGCUCGUACCAGUCUCCGACCGGGAGGAAACAAAAAUGGGCUUAGUGCAGUUUUUGGGUCUUCGUUUCCUUUUAGACAGAACGUUUUAGGAAAAUAAAACCUAAAAUGUUGCGGGAGUUACGGAGACACCGUAUCUGCCACCAUUUUUGUUGUUGAAGUGCGCCUGCGAUCCCAGUUUCGGAAGAAGCCGCUGAAACAAUAUGGCGCGCCCUGAACGCAGUAUCGACGUGUCGAUUAUCUUGUAAUAUUCAGACAUUAUUUUACUGG